AAAUUUUUGCUUUUCACAGUCUUGUUUUGCUUUGAGUUGGUUGAGUGUUUGUUUCCCGGCGCAGUUAAAUACAAGUUUCCAACAAAAUUGCCUAGUGUUUUUACGUUGAAAUCUCCUCACAAUGGCAGAUUCGGAGUUCUUUGGCUUAGAACUGCUGUACAAAACGGUUGAGAACUCAAUCCAAACCAAAUCGGAUGUUUUGAUUGCUAUCGUUCACUGGUAUUUAAUAAGGAAUUCAUUUCGCAAUGUUGGAAUUGGAGACGAUAAAACUUUAUCCGACACGGAAGAAUCCAGCGAACUUUUGCCUGAUGGCUGGAAUAGUAAUCCGCACUCUUACGCUCUGCGUUACGUGAAUAACGGUCAGCUUUACAUUCUGCACGGCAUCGAUAGCGAGGGGACAAUGAUCGCAAAUCUGCUCCAGGUGAAAACGUUGAACGUGUCCAACACCACCUUCGAAAUUGAAAACACCGUAAAGGCACUGAAGGGGCCAGCUACUUCCCUGAUCGCUGAUUUACCCGUUGUGCUGGACCGCGUUCGACAGCAGCUACUGGUGCCGGUGUUUGAAAGUAACAAAAAGGACAGUGAAACACAAACCGCCAAAGAAAAGGGCAAGAUCGAACCGGAUCCGUUGUUGCAGCGGCCGAGCAUUGGCUCAACGUUUGGUCCGGGGCUGCUGGGACGAUCGGACCCGCUUGGAGUGGGUAACGUCGGACGCGGUGAUUUAGAUCCGUUUGGUGGUCGCGGUGGAGGCAUGAUUUUCGAACCACCUGGCGGAUUUAAUCCGUUGGGCAAUCUACGAUUGCCGGGGCCGGCAGGAAAUAUACCGGGGGCGAGGUUCGAUCCGUUUGGGCCGAUUGUUGGAAAUAAUCCAAGACGGUUCCGUAAUCCUGAUCCAGACCCGGAUCAUAUGCCGCCACCGGGUUAUGAUGAUAUGUUUAUGUAAAGAUCUGCACAAUUUGUGAAAGAAAAACAUGACUGAACUCUGUGAAGGAUUUAAAAUUUUGAAGCAAUGGCAACGUUAAUUUGUUAAUUUUUUGUUUGAAAAAUCCAUCAUACAUCAUUACAGAUUUUCAGUAGAAAAUACAGGCUUAUAUAUGUUAGUUUCCUAACCUGUAGAUUGAAGCUCGAACAUGUAUAUUGUAUACCGAAAUAAAAAGUAACGAAAAAUAUCAA